CACCGGGCAAGCGCAUCCGGGCCACUUUGUUUUCACAAUGCACUAUUUGAUGUCACUAGCAUUUUCUUGAUUGAACAUCAAAAUUAAACAUCAAACCAAUAACUACUUUUGAUCGCCAGCCUUUUAACACAGCCAACUCAACAAGAGAGUCGUAUCCUUCAGCAAGACGCGUAAACCUCCACAUUAACAACUUGGUGCGGCUUGAUCUACGAUUCUCGACGGGCAUGCGAAUGCCAUUGUUAUCGGCUUAGCUCGUGGAAUUGAGCUGAACGCGACCUUGGGCGAAACAAGAUGGAGGCAGCAAAUGGAGCACCCGCACCCGCUGCCCCGGCUAACGGUGAGCGGGAGGACCCGGGGGGAUUCAAGCUGAAGUUCUGCACAGUUUGCGCCAGCAACCAGAACAGAUCAAUGGAAGCGCAUCUUCGGUUGUCACAGGCUCACUACCCAGUCAUCUCCUUUGGUACAGGAUCUCUGGUUCGGCUACCCGGACCUUCAAUAACACAGCCCAAUGUCUAUCAAUUCAACAAGGUGUCAUACGACGCUAUGUAUAAGGAACUCCACGAGAAAGAUCCCCGGUUGUAUACCGCCAACGGCCUGCUCAACAUGCUCGGUAGAAAUAGACAAGUAAAGUGGGGUCCGGAACGAUGGCAAGAUUGGCAGAUAGGUAUUCCCAGAACCGAGCACACCUCGGACCGAGGAAGCGAAGGGACAGAAGGUGGUGUGGUAGAUGUGGUAAUCACCUGCGAAGAGAGAUGUUGGGAUGCCGUCAUUGACGACCUUCUGAAUAGAGGGUCCCCUCUAAACAGACCCGUUCAUGUUAUCAACGUUGAUAUCAAGGAUAACCAUGAGGAGGCUUCUAUCGGUGGGCGAGGCAUUCUCGACCUUGCCGACUCGUUAAAUAAUGCUGCGAAGGAGGAACGCGAGUCUAUAGGACCUGCCGCGUUCGAUAUGGCGAGUGCAGCUAGUAGAGCCUCUUUCGAUGAACGAGUACCAGAGAUCAUCGGGGAGUGGCAGGAGAGGUGGCCAAAUUUACCUGCGACGUGGACGUUGGCUUGGUUUUAGGAUGCGAGGCUUGAAAUUUUUUUUUUUUUUUGCAAUGAUACCCCGGAAUCGGAUGAUUUCAUUUUGUGCGAACAGCCGUAACCAUAGAGAUAGAUAUCUGGUUGCUUUUAAAUGUCUGCGGAGGGACACGGAAAUGGCACAUAUUAAUGGACUAAUGAAUAAAUAAUAUCUCACAGUUGUGGCCAGA